AUGGAGAAGAGAGCACUAGCUUUACGGGACCAAAUACUGAAACAAUCUGUUUGGAAGAGGGAGAACCUUAAUCCCAAAAUGUUGUUAAAUUCAGACUACAUCAAAGGUUUCAGAGAUUCUAUACUGCAAAAGGACAUAAGUGAAGAUGGUGGUUAUGACAGUAGUGAGAUGUUGCUGGAGGCUGAGAAAGAUUUUAUUGAAGCUGCAAAGAAAAACAAUGUGGAGUCCAUGAAGCUUCUCGGAAAAAGUGUUAAUGUCAACGCCAAGAAUGUGCAUGGUCGUACUGCUCUUCAUUAUGCUGUGGCCUUCAGAAACGUGGAAGCAGUCGACGUGCUACUUCGAAGAAGAGCCAAACUAGAUUUACAAGAUAAGCAUGGACUUACUGCUAUUCACUUAGCAGCAUGGUUUGGGAGUCUGGAAAUCCUGAAGUUACUUGUGCAAGGAGGGGCUGACCAAAGUAUUGAAAAUUCUGAGGGAAUGAAUAUGAUGCACUGUGCUGCCAUGAACAAUCACACUGAUAUUGUGGCACACAUUUUUGAUGACCUGCAAAUGGGAGAACUUGACAAAGAAGAUGAAUAUGGUAAUAGGCCUUUUGCCCUGGCUGCAGCACAUGGCUGCGUUAGGAUGCUACAGAUGCUGAUGGAAGAACCUUACAACAUGGCCACCAUGGAGGAAAAUAAGGUUGGGGACACACCUUUGCACCUGGCAGCCAGGAAUGGUCAACGUGAAGCUCUGCAGCUACUUCUAGACAACUUUGACAUUCGCAAUGAUGUCAACCAGGCUGGACAGUCGGCUCUGUAUUUGGCUGCAGAGGGAGUUCAUGAAGAUUGUGUACAGACCCUGUUAGAGGCAGACUGUGACCCAAACAUAUUCACCUUAAGCAGAAGCAGCCCUCUACAUCCAGUCUGCGAGAGGGGCCACUUUCCAAUAGUGAAACUUCUCAUCAAUAAUGGAGCCCAAAUGAACGCUCAGAACCAGCAUUUGCAGACUCCAUUCCAUGUAGCGGUGAAGAACUGUCAUAUUCCAGUAAUCCACACCUUAAUAGAAGCUGGCUGUGAUCCAAAUGUGACAGAUCAUAUGGGGCAGACUGCACUCCAUAUAGCUGCUGAGAUGGGGAAGGUGGAUGUGGUGGAGAUGAUUCUGAAAGCUGGGGUGGAUCUAGAAAUUGAGGACAGGCAACAUAAGACGGCCCUCAGAGUGGCAGCCAGAGGAAAUAUGGUGAUCAUUGUGGAUAUGAUCAUCAAAGCUGAGAGAUAUUUCAAAUGGAAACAUACAUUUCAACUGACUAAUACAGAUGCUAUCGAGAGCCUUCAUAACGAAUUACCCAUGACGUUUAAAUUGGAUCACUCCCCUGAAACAAAGCAGAUGCGUGAUAUAAUAUGGGAUCUUGCAUACAAACAUCUGAAGUGCAAUGACUGGAAGAAACUGGCUGAGUUCUGGGAGUUCACAGAGGAUGAAGUGGCUGCCAUCGAGGAGCAGUGGACAGGUCCCAACAGUUUCCAAGAGCAUGGAAACAGAAUGCUUCUGAUCUGGCUUCAUGGUAUCAUGAUUGCAGGGAGCAGCGCAGCCAAAGGACUCUAUGAGGGACUGCUUUCUGUUGGGAAUACAAAGAUUGCCGAGAAAAUAAGAAUGGAAGGAACAGACACUGAUUCACGGAAAUGCACAGUUUCAUGAAUCCAAGAUGCUACGCAAAAAUGAAAGCCUGCUAUGAACUAAAAAAAAACGAUGCUUUAUUGUACAACAGACUUUGAAAUCCAC